AUGCACGAGAAGACGACCUGCUCGCCCCCCCCCAGUCCAGCUAGUCUGAGAAGAAGCUGUGAGAUUACGAGUUCUAAUCCCAAAGCCCAGACUAGAAAGUACAGCCUCACAUGGUUGUGUGUUCAGGGUCCAGAGUUCAGGGAGUUCCUGCUCACCAAGCUCAUCAACGCAGAGCUGGCCUGCUACAAGAGCGAGCGCUUCGCCCGCCUGGAGGAGCGUACCCGCGCCGCCCUGCUGGACAGCCUCCACGAUGAGCUGUACAGCCGCUCCCAGUGCAUGCUGGGAUUGACGUCAGGUCUAGAGGAGGAGGGGCGAGCUGAGAACGGACACGCCCACGGAGGUCUGCUGGAGUCCAUCAAGAGGGCGAUGCGUGGGCGGAGCGUCUCCAUGGAGACCAUGUCGAGGGGCGGGGCCGGCCUGCCCACCAGUCUGAGUGGGGGGGGCCUGGCACACAUCAGCCCCGAGUGUAAUGUGAAAUCCCCCGUGAAGAGACGCUCAGGACUGUUUCCUCGUCUGCUGAGCGUUGACAGCCAGACGGAGAAACCCAACCUCAGGAGCCUUCUCAGUGAGCAGAGGAGCUUCGACAGCUGCCACCCGACACUGGAGGAGCCGUCCAAUCCCAGCUCUCCAGAGGCGGGACAACGGGACAGCAGGAUUCACAUGAAGAAGGAGAGCAGUAAGAUUUCCAGAUCAACGUCCAGCACCUGCAGCUUCAGCAUCCCGGCUGAUGACACACACCUGCUCGGCCAGGCUGUGACGGUGGAAGGUCAAAGUUCAGGUCCGAUCAUCGUGUGUCGCAGCCCCACAGAGACGAGGAAUAAAAACUCUCCCAGAUCCAGCCUCAAGUUCAGGUUUGACAAGUUGAGUCACUCUGCUGCA